GUAAUCUGAUUUCAUAACGUACCCGUCAAAAUCAAUCACCCAGUUGAUCCAUCAGUGAAGCUCACUGAACUGUUGUUUGGGCCCGUUGAUCACACUGGAGGCUCUCGGCGUCGUUCACUCGUUAGCGACGCGGGCACUUUCAAUUCUACAGCAAUGGGUUGGAGUGGCUAAAGUCGCCAAUGAAGUCGUGUCAAACCAAGGCAACUUAUCCAGCGACGAUCGACGUGCGCUUCGGAGCCGGCGCGUUCUCAUGGGCCAUGGCGUUCGACAGAGACCGAAAGAGCAAAGGGGGCGCUCCAAAAAGAAAACUAUAAAAUCCGCUGGAGGAACAAGCCCAUCCAGUUCUAAUCCGACAAAGCCAGGACAUGCCACCGGUAUCCAACUAACAGAGAUGCCUUCCAAGGGCAACACAAAGACGAAGGCGAAUUUAUCCCAUCGCCGGAAGAAAAAAGUCAACGCUGGGAGCAAAAGGGACCAGGGCGUAUUUGCUGACACGAAGAUUGAUUUAAAACCCGAGCCUAAGCUUACGAAGCCAACGAUCGAGGAAAAAAAGGAAAAAACUACUUCAGAAAACGAAAGUUCGGUGUCGGGUAAGACUGAAAGCGAGAUCAGGAAGGAAGAUGAAGAACGCGUCAGGAAGGCCCGUGGUGAACGUUUUGUGAUACGGGUCUCACUCUCAGAUGAUGUGUAUGAGCACAUGCUGGAUGUGGCAUCGGGCCCUCGGGGCAUGAGUCCCAAUGAGAGUGUCGUCCGAGCGGAUCGUAAUCGACAACAGGCAAAAAAAAAACAUGCGAGGAAGUAACUGGGCGAAGGUCGCAUGCGCCAACUCGAUGGCCAUUCAAGUAACAACACUCGGGACGACCAUUCGCCGGUAAAAUAGCGGAAGCCUUUGCACAACUGAGACGCUUCCUGAAGUACGUGAAGCUGGACUUGCCUGCCUGUUCACAACAAUCGUGCUCAAGUCUUACCGAUCUUAUCUAAUUAUCCGAAGAAAGUACCGAGGAAGCGUCUCAGUGUCAGUGAUCUGGGCAAAAACCAUUCAAAAUGCAGCACCUGUAAGAGAAUGAACUACAUAUAAUUAAAACAACGAAAGCUGCAAUUACAAGAGGCCUUCCCCAUUAAAUGGCUGUCCACGAAGAUACUUUUUCAGGUUUCCCAAAGGAAUGGCGAUUAAAAUGCGGUACCGAUUUUUCGCCUAAAAUUUCGAGGCUUGACCACAAAACAUGUCGAGGCAAUGGAAUUUAUAAUCAAACACUGUCGAAGAAAUAGAAUGUGAUGGAAAUUUAAUCCACGGAACUGUUUUAGCCAUUAUUGCUGUGACAUCAUAUCCGGUGCUAUCCUACCUUCGAAAGCUGGCCUCUCUACACGAAAAAGCUGACAUAUGUUAAAAAAUCUGUCCAAUUGAUUCUUGCAAAAACAAGCAAUACGAGUGUACUAAAUAAAACAAAGAAGCAGACUUAUUCCGUAAGAUCUAACGGCCGAGAAACGCGGCGUUAGGCACGUCGGAAGUUCACAGGUUCUCUGAACAUGCUAUACUGACAGUUGCAAUAGUCCUUUUACAUUACUUUUAAAGAUAAGGUUUUGGUCACAGUAAGUCCAUAAAAAAGU